GUAAAAAGGUUUUUAGAGUCAAUCAAACAGAGGUUACAGUCUGCUUGUUCUGAAAAAUUACUUGAGGCCAUAGAAAAUGACAAUCUUUUAGCAGUCAAGAAAUACAGCAAAAGGGAAGUUGUCAACUUCAAAGAUACCGAUGGAAGAACAUCGUUACACUAUGCCGUUAACAAUGGUAACAUAGGUAUUAUAGGCACCUUAUUACAAAAUGGAGCUGAAGUUGCUCAAAUUACUAACAAGGGCAAUACGCCAUUACAUAUAGCUUCUUCCAAAGGUUACAGAAAAGUUGUUGAAGUUUUAUUACAAUUUGUAAAUCAUGAUAAAUUAAAUGACUUUAUUGAUGCUAGAACAGCUUCUAGUGGUACUACAUCACUUCAUGUUGCGGCUAAAAAUGGCUUCUUAGAAGUUGUAAAAUCUUUAUUACAACAUGGUGCAACUUACAACAUUGAGAAUAAAGAAGGCAAAACACCUAUUAAUCUUUCCAAGAAUCAGAAAGUUGCUAACUUCCUGAAAUUAGUUGAAGAAUUGUUUAAAGAUACAAAAAAG